GUUCCUCCAGUUCGAAAUGUGAGUCCGAACUUGGAUUCAUUCACAGUGUAUGAACACAGGCAUAGCCAAGUACCGCAGAAGAACCAAGUCGAUAUUGCAAAUCAGAUCUCCAGUUAUUUUUCUACCGAUCACGCCAAUACACGCAUAGCAACAAUGGAGACCAUUCCCCUGGAGACGCACCUGCGAUCCCUCCUUCCCGUGGACGGCACUCGGGAGGCCCUUAUCACCUCAGUCAUCCCCCGGCUCUUGCAGAGCGUCGCCGCAGUUGCAGACGCCCUCCGCAAGGCACACAAUGUGAUCGCUGCCGGCACCGCCAACACCUUUGGCGACCAUCAACUCAACGUCGAUGUCACAGCCGAGAACCUCAUCCGCAACGCCAUCCUUAACUGCCCCUCAAUCGUCAAAGCCAGCAGCGAGGAAGACCCUGUCGAGCGUCCAGUGCACCCAGCCUCCUCCUCCUCCCCUACAGAGCAAUACACCCUCGCCUUCGACCCCCUCGACGGCAGCUCCAUCAUCUCCGCCAACUGGACAGUCGGCACCAUCUUCUCCCUAUGGGACGGCGCCUCAGCCCUGAACCAACUCCCCUCCAGAGCCCAAAUAGCCGCCAUCCUCGGCGUCCUAGGUCCGCGCACAACCGCCAUAAUCGCCCUGCGCAUGCCCGACACGGCACCCUCCCAACCCGUCCAAACCUGCCUUGAAGUGUCCCUCGAUCCCUACACUAGCACCUGGCAUAUCACACGGCCCAGUCUACGGCUCUCGCCGCGCUCGACCUAUUUCUCCCCUGCUAACCUGCGCGCUGCCGCCGAGGAUGAGGCCUACAUGUCGAUCGUAAACGGCUACAUCACCCGACAAUACACGCUGCGCUAUGCCGGCGGGUUGGUUCCCGACGUUGUGCGCAUGCUGGUGCAGGGCCAAGGGGUGUAUCUCAGUCCUGCGACGGCAGGGAGCAAGGCCAAGUUGAGGCGGCUCUAUGAGCUGUGUCCGCUCGCGCUGGUGGUGGAGUGCGCUGGGGGUGAGGCGGUGGAUCCGGUUGAUGGGUGUAGGGUUCUGGAUAAGGAAGUGAGAGAUUGUGGGGAGAAGGGGGCCUUGGUUUGUGGGAGUGCGAUGGAGGUCGGGGAGGCUGUGGGGAAGCUGCUUGUGGGUACAGGGGAGAUGGGGGCUUGAAGCUUGGCUUUUUGGUCUAAUAACAAGGCGGCAUUCUGGGUACACAGGUCAGAUUUUGUUGCUCUAGGAUCACGGGGGAGACAGAAUAUUUACUGCAUAUUUUGAGGCCUGCUCUGGGUAUUUGGUUUCGAGAGGACAAUAGAAUUGGAAGUUCCAGUCGUUUUUCUCUGCGGAAGUCCUGGUCCUAUCCAUGGGCAACGGAUCAAAGAAAUGCGUCAUAACAUGAUGUAAUUAAGCUAUCUGCUUGGCCCAGAAAGGACAAUUGUCUUGAAACAAAGGAAACGCUG